AUGGACAAAAUCAAUGUCUUUUUGCUUUUGAUUUCUUGCAUUCUUGGUGUUGCAUACGGUCACGAGAUGACGAACUCUACAUCGAUCGGUCAGAAGCAACUCGUCAAAUGGUGCAUUGCCCAGCCGAGUGCUCCUCAAGACAAGCUGCAAGGAUUUAUAGACUACGCGUGCGGGGUUGUCGAUUGUUCAGCCAUUCAACCAGGCGGUUCUUGUUAUUAUCCCACUAUAGUAGUGAGUCAUGCAGAUUACGCUCUGAAUAUGCUCUACAGGGUUAAAGGCUCGUGCAAUCUAUAUAUUGCUAAGAUAACAAAUUCCGCAUCAAUUGGCCGCAAGCAAGUUGUCAAAUGGUGCAUUGCUCAACCGAGUGCUCCUCAAGAAAAGUUGCAAGGACUUAUUGACUAUGCUUGCGGAGUUGUCGAUUGUUCAGCCAUUCAACCAGGUGGUUCAUGUUACUAUCCCAACAUGAUACUGAGUCAUGCAGAUUACGCUCUAAAUCAACUCUACAGGUAUAAAAGUUCCUGCAAUCUGUAUAUCGCGACGAUAACAAGCGUUAAUCCUUCAUACGGGAGUUGCAUGUAUUCAUGA